ACAGACGUCCUUUCAGUCCACUGCUGGAUGAAAGGGCCCUCCCCAUGGCACGGUAGCGAGAUGUUAACUACCUUGCCUGGUAUACAGGAGGUCGUGGAUUCGAUCCUGACGCCUCAUGUAUAAUUGGAGUUUGCACGAUCCAUUUCCCCGUUGUCGCGUGGAUUUUUCUCCGGGUCCCCCAGGUUUUCCCCUCCACGUUUAGACUCGACGCCAUGCGUUGAGUCGAGUAUAUUUUUUGCCUGCUGUUAAAUUUCCACGCCACGAGCCCGCUUCGUUGAGCGAUCGUUUGUGAUAGCCAGCUACGUCGCCCAGUGGGGCCUUACCUGGUAAAAUGAAAUAGUUUAGUUGAUGCCGCGCGGGUUGUUGGCACAUACUUCACCGCGCAGGUCAGCAUGGAUAUUUGUGAAGGCGGGCAGAAUUGACGGCAAUGGAUUUGUUUCCGCACUGGAUCCCCUGUUGCCCCCCGUGUAUCCCCACAGCAGCCUACAACGACAUGCUGUCGCCAGCGCAGAACUGCGAGGGAUGGAGACGGUGCCGUGCAGCCCUUCGUCCUGCAGUGCAUAGAUAAUGGCCGAUGAUGGUGAUGAUGGAACGUGAUAGAACGUGAGCGUCUUUAAACACUACGGCUCUGGAUCAGACAAGGCACUCCACGCCUCUAGGGCAGUGGUUCUUAACAUUUACUGCAGCCUUGCCCCCCACCCCUCCACCCUUUGGUUCUCAAUCCUUUAAAAAAUUACAAUGUUAAUAAACACAUACGGUUUGAUGAAACAAAGUAGUGGUUGUACUUGCGUUGACCGUGCUUAAUUUGUGCUUUCGAUUAUUCACCUAAAAAAAAUCUGUCCCGUGUCUCGCUACCCCCCAGAAAGGGCAUCUCGCACCCCCAGGGGUGCAGCGUGCACCCCAGGUUAAGAAUAAGAACGAGCUUGGGCCACCUGGUCUAAAAUCACAUUCCCUCUGCCCAACAAUGCUGACGGGAGUGAGCGGAGCCUGGGCGUGGGGUGGAGGGGGACGUGUUGGAGGGGAGCGGCUGUCGGGAGUUGUGUUGGCACGGGAGAGAGAGCACAGAUGCUCGAGAAACAGCUGCGUGUUUGGCAGGCGCUGGACAGGGUUUUAGUUUUAUUUGAUUGAGUUGGUCACGCACAGUGGCGUGGUGAGGACGGCGUUUGUGGCGUGAUUCACGGUGUGGUCUCGGAUCUCGACGCUCGCCACAGCCCCCGUUCUCAAAAUUGAUGAUGACACGGCGCUCCCACGUCUCUCGUACGCGCGAGUCACCGUGAGACCCAGGGGUCGUCACGCUCGGCAGGGGCACAACGAGGUGGGGGAGAGGAGGAGGAGGACACUGGGGCCAUGGCCUCUGUCCCAGGACCCCAAGGGGCAGCGGGGAGCGGAGCGGCUGGCGUCCCGGAAGGAGGCCUCAUGACCGGCUUCUCUGAUGAGCAGGUGGCGUGUGUGUGCGAGGCGCUGCAGCAGGGAGGCGACGUGGCGCGCCUCGCCCGCUUCCUCUGGGCCCUGCCGGGGCCUGCGGCCGCGUCCCGCGACGAGGCCGUGCUGAGGGCCCGCGCCCACGUCGCCUUCCACUCGGGCAGCUACCGGGAGCUGUACGACGUCUUGGAGGGCCACGCCUUCGAGGCGCGCCACCACGCGGCGCUGCAGGCGCUGUGGUUCCGGGCGCGCUACCUCGAGGCGGAGCGGGCGAGGGGCCGCGCGCUGGGCGCCGUGGACAAGUACCGCGUGCGCAAGAGGCACCCGCCGCCCCGCACCAUCUGGGACGGCGAGCGCACGAGCUACUGCUUCAAGGAGCGCGCACGCGGGGCGCUGAUGGAGAGCUACGGCGGCGCGCGCUACCCCAGCCCCGAGCAGAAGCUGCAGCUGGCGCUGGCCACGGGCCUCACCGCCACGCAGGUCGCCAACUGGUUCAAGAACCGGCGGCAGCGCGACCGAGCGCCAGGCCCAGCGGGGGACCGGCGGCAGCCUCGGCGCAGCGAGCCGACUGGGGGCAGCAGUGCCGGGGACGAUGACGGCGACGAUGAAGAAGGAGAGGACGGACACGAGGAUGACGGCGAUGGAGCUGGCCGCCGCCGCCGCGUCGGGCCGCGGCACGGCCACGCGGGAGCCCUCGCCCCGGAAGGUUCCCCGCGGCCGCCCUCCGCGUCGUGGUCGUGGAGCGGCGCGGGCCCCCGGCCGCCCCCGUGGGACCCCCGUGCGGCCCCCUCCCCGGGUCCCGCGAAGGACGGCGGCGAAGGCGGCUGGCCGCUCGCUCGUGGGAGCGCCGGAGUCGCCGCCGGCGACGCUGCCUUCGCAACCGCAAUGCAUGGUCCUGGGCCCACGCUCUCGCCCACGGCCUCCAUCGCCGUCCUCCCGCCCCCUCUGCUGGGCCUCUCUCCCGGCCGUGCCGUUCCCCUGGUCUCGAACCCGGGCCCCUUCCUGGGGCCCGCGUGCGUCCCCGCAUCGCAGCUCCACGUUAGCGGGACGAGCGACCGUCGCCGAGGGGCGUAUCAGGAGGAGGCGGGAGGCCGUGCAGGCGGACGCGUGGGCCCGACCGUGGCGGCCGCGCCGGGAAGAGUCGGCGCCACGGCGGCACCGUUCCUCGCGGGACCCACGGGGCCCACGGCGAUGGCCGUGCCACCGAGGACGGCCGACGAGAUGGAGCGGAGGACGGAGGAGGGAGAGGAGGAGAGGGGCGAAGGCCCGCGUGAGGAGGGAAACGGGGCCCCGGCGGUGCUCGCCACGUUGUGCUCCGUGCUGUUUGAGGAGCAGCUGCCGUGAGGAGGAGCGGGCGACAGGAGGUGGAGAAGGAGGAGAGGGAGGAGCAGGAGGAGAGAGGAAGGAGGAGGGGAAGGAGGUGCCUCGAGGAGGAGGUGGAGAUGCCAUGAAGAGGAGGAGACCGGGAACCCUUCUGAGAAAUGUGGACUUCGACUGUCCUGGCAAACAGUUUGCAUUAUUGUAAUACUGUUAUUGUUUCUCCUCCACGCAAGAUGACGUGUCUUCGUGAAGUGUGAUUUUUUUCUGAAAGUCAGUUAUUUGGCAUGUCUUCCAGAUUACGGCAUACUUUCGAUGUUUGAGCAUUGUGUUACAUGAUUGGAUAUAACAUCGUCACGAAUGGAUGUAACAUCGUCACCAAUGGAUGUAACAUCAUCACGAAUGGAUGUAACAUCAUCACCAAUGGAUUCAUGAACUGGAUAUAUUUGUGUUUCAUUCACGAGUACGGUAAUCUUUACAGUACAGCAGAAUACGUGAAGUAUGGUCAAUAAAAAGCAUCUACGAAUGCUAAUGAAUAUGAAAAUGUGAACUUUACAAGGGUAUAGAUCGAGUUUAGCUAGUUGGCCAGGAACAUCAUGGGAUGCGGAAUAAUGAUUUGUUCAUGGUGGUUCCAUUGAAAACGUUAUACAAAUCAAUCAAUCUUAAUUUUACGUUCUAAUAUCGCCCUCGGUAACGUCGUGCAGCGGUGCACAUUACGACGGAACGGGAACGGUACCGGGGGAGCACGAAGCAACAGGAAUGAAAACAGAACCCCGUAACGAGCUCGGCGGCUAACACCGACCGAG